AUGUCCUCCCCGGCGUCCUGCCCACCCGCACCUCCCUUGACAAACUCAAAAUUACUAACUGGGCGGCUGGCCUGCCUUCCUUACAAAGACUCUGGCAAGAAGGAUGAGGUGCUGGAUGCAUUGGCCAAACAACCUGGUCCAUUGCAAGCCAAAGAACAACAACCCACAGGUCCAUUUGCAUCGAGCUUGGAUAGUCAGGCGCCCUCCGCCUCGUCGGCGUUGAACCUGUGA